CCUGCGGUUCUCGUAUAAACAAAUUUUAAAUGCCGCCACAGAAAGAAGUUUCCACUGCAGAGAUGUGCCCAGACAUUGAGAUCAUUGUGGGCACCUACGAGGAAUACCUACUGGGCUACCAGAUAGUUGAGGAGGAGGUCAAAGACGAGAGCAAGAUGCUGCUGAGGCAAACGUUUGCAGACAAGUCCCAUGCCGGCGCCAUAAAAUGCAUUUCGGUGCAGGGCCCUUGGGUGGCCAGCGGUGGGAGCGACGAUCGCAUUUUUGUCUACGACAUGCGCCAGCGGAAGUUAUCUCAAGUCCUGCUCUCGCACAGUGGAACCAUAAACACGCUGUCCUUCGCCCCGGACAUGUCGCAUCUCUUGUCGGGCAGCUCCGAUGGACAACUGAAGGCCACGCGCGUGGGUAGUUGGGCUGUGGCUGGGGACUGGAAGAAGGCGCAUGCUGGCACGCCCAUUACACACAUUAGUUGCCAUCCCAGCAGCAAAUUGUGCCUCUCCCUGGGCGCAGAUCGCAUUCUGAAUACCUGGAACUUAGUCAAAGGCCGCGUCGUCUAUAGAACCAACUUGAAAAGCAAGACCACCUUGGGUGGGGCACCUGACUGUCUCUCCUGGUCCACGGAUGGCGAACAUUUCACCCUGACUGGCCAUCAGGUCCUAGAGAUCUGGGACAUAAAGACGGCCAAUGUAGCGAGGCGGGCCAAGACCCCAUCCAGACCGAUAUGUGUGGCAUGGGUGGGCGAAACAGAAUGCCUGUCGGGUCUGGAGAAUGGCAGUAUUGCUUGGAUAUCCCUCACAGACGAUAAGGAGGCUGAGCCAAAGAUACUACCUGCUCAUGCUGCUCGUGUCAAGGCCGCGGCUUGUUUAAACAACACACUGGUCACAGCGUCCAGUGCUGGCGAAAUCAAAGUGUGGCGCUGUCAACUGGAAAAACGCGAGCUAACAUUCAUUGCCAGCACAAGUAUUGGCUGCCGUCCCACCAGCCUGGGUCUUGUGGAUCUCUCGCUUAUCGAAAGCACCGCUACUCGACCGAAACAGGGUGUCCCUGCAGUAGUCCCCACAUCGAAGCCAAGUGACGUCGAGCCGGCGCUGGAGAUUGAUACACCAAAAGGCUUUGUCACAAUCGAAUUUGACGACGAUGCCAAGCCGCCGCCUAUAUCAAAGAAAGCAGCCAAAAAACAACAGAAAGCAGCCAAGAAACCCAAAAAGGCAGAGAUAGACUUUGACGAAAAUAGCAGCGAUGGUGAAAGUGAGGCUUUUACCGACAGCGAUAGCGACAGCAACCCGGAGCCAACGCCCAAAAAAGGUACAAAAAAGUCUGCAAAAGCACAAGGGUUUGUGAGUGCCGAGUACGAUGAAGAUGCGAAUGCGGAUUCAUCCGAUGAGGCGAUUGAGGGAACGCCAAAGCCCAAGGCUAGGAAAUCAAAGGAAGCGAAAGGAAAGGUACCCAAACCUGUAGUUGAGCAGCAAUCUGAUCAAAGCAGCAGCGACAGCGACAGUGUGCCCAAGCGCAAGCGCAAACAGCCCCCAAGCCACGCCCCCGCCAAACGCAAAGUCAAAAAACAAACGCGAUAGAAAUAGUCCUUAAUUUUGUUUUCUAUGUUGACAAUUAAAAAUAGUGUCUUAUCAAAUUA